AUGGAGCGGGAGGGCGGCGGCCCGGGGCCCCCCGCGCCCCACGAGCCCAUCAGCUUCGGCAUCGACCAGAUCCUGGGCGGCCCCGAGCCCACGGGGCCGCACCGGGCGGCGGCGGAGCCCGACUACGGGCUCUACGGCAGCGGCUACGGCCCCACCGGUCCGCUCGGCUCCUACAACCUCAACAUGAGCAUGAACGUGAGCGUGAACGUGACCCCCGCGCCCGCCGCGCCGCCCGCCGGAGUCAUCCGCGUCCCGGCGCACCGGCCCGCGCCCGCGCCGCCGCCCGCCGCGCCCGCCGCGCCGCCACCGGGGCCCGCGCUGCCCGGGCUCACCUUUCCCUGGAUGGAGACCACGCGCCGCAUCGCCAAAGACCGGCUCUCAGCCGCGCUGUCGCCCUUCGCGGUGACGCGGCGCAUCGGGCACCCGUACCAGAACCGGACGCCGCCCAAGCGCAAGAAGCCGCGGACGUCCUUCUCCCGGGUGCAGAUCUGCGAGCUGGAGAAGCGCUUCCACCGACAGAAGUACCUGGCCUCGGCCGAGCGCGCCACCCUGGCCAAGGCCCUCAAGAUGACGGACGCCCAGGUCAAGACCUGGUUCCAGAACCGCCGCACCAAGUGGAGGCGUCAGACGGCGGAGGAGCGCGAGGCGGAGCGGCAGCAGGCCAACCGGCUGAUGCUGCACCUGCAGCAGGAGGCUUUCCAGAAGAGCCUGGCGCAGCCGCUGCCGCAGGACCCGCUCUGCAUGCACAACUCCUCGCUCUACGCCCUGCAGAACCUGCAGCCCUGGGCCGAGGACAACAAGGUGACGUCGGUCUCGGGGGUGGCCUCUGUGGUGUGAGGGGCCCUGGGCGCUGCUCGUGUGCCAGGAGGUGGCUGUGGGAGCCCAGUGGGCUCCAAGCCCGGACCAUGGCAGGGAAGGGGCUGCAGCUUGCUGGGAGCCCCCCGCUGGCAGCCCCCUCCCCGCCAUGGAGAGCCCCCCAGGACCACCCGGGAGGGAGGCCGUGCCCCUGCGGUUGGACUCAAAGCUUCACUGAACCCCACCUGGACACCCGCUGCUGUGGGCAGCCCCCCUGCCUGGACCCCCAGGAGCCCAGAGAUGGACCCCUACACCCUAUGGACCUCUGCAGCCCCCUGCCUGACCCCCAGGAGCCCAGGGCUGGGCCCCUGCACCCCACGGAUGUCCAUAACCCUCUGCUCAGACCCGUGGGAGCCAAGGGCUGAGCCUCUACACACACCCCACGGACGCCUGCAGCUCCCUGCCCAGACCCCUGGGAGCCCAGGGAUGAGCCUCCACACCUGGCAGGGUUCUGCAGCUCCCCCACCAGCAGCUCUGUGGGUCACGCUGGGGCCCCACAGCCUGGAAUUCCCAUUCCUGGUGCUGGAAGCCCCCCACCCUGACAGUGGGGUCUGCACCACCCGCACCACUUGCCUUAUCCCGGUCGGAGUUUGCCACCUCCGGCUUCCACCUGCGCCCUCCGGGCUGGAUGAGGGACUUGGCUGCCCCGGCCCCACCCCGUGGUGGGACAGACUGAUGGUCUGGGCCCCCGGCCCGUCAGCUCCCUGGGCCCGGAUGUGCCCUUGCAGCCCCCCGCCAUGGACUCGGGGUGCCCCCCAUACCGAUGGAUUGCGCCAGUCCCUGACUCCUCCCCGGGAUGGCCGUCGCCUCCCACAGACCGAGCCUUGCUGUGACCCACAGGACACCCGUGCGGGGCAGAGGGGGUGAAUCCCCCUUCUUCUGGCAAAUCUCUGCGCCCCCUCCCCAGUGACCCCCUGAGUGGGGGUUCCCCCCGCCGGGACCCUCCAGCCUCGGUUGGUGAUGAUGGAGGGAAUGAAGGGGGGUGACAUCGGUGGGAGGAGGGUGUGACAUGGGUGACCUUGACCCUGAGCUCGACCUUGCUCCCCCACCCCGCCGCUCUCCACGAUGCUGUAGCCCCUCACCCCGCUUUUGGGGGACAGGCUUCUUGCCGGCUCUCCCUCUCCUCCCUACCGGGAGGAGUCCGGACACCCGGUACCGGCGGGAUUGGCUGCGGUUCCGUGACGCGGAGGGGUGGAACCGCAUCGCCACCGGGAUGAGCGCGGCCGAGGGCCGGCCCCGGUG